CACACACACACAGGCAUUCCAACAGUUUUGUCUGCACAAUACAAGAGCAACCACAAAGCCCCAGCAUUUGUGUUUUGUGUGCUGCUGUUUCUCACACCAUGAAGAACACAGCAUGCCUCUGCACAGUCUUGUUGCCAUUGUUGCUUUCCCCGAUCACACUCAAAGGGUCAUGUGAGGAGGAGGUGCAAUGUCAGUGGGGGCCAUUUGAUGAAUGGUCUGACUGCGAUGGCUGUACUAAAUUACAGACCAGAAGUCGUAGGAUGCUUGUGUAUGCACAAUUCAGAGGGAACCUAUGCGAAGGUGAUCGAACAGAGACCAGACCUUGCAAUGUAACUCUAGGCUGCCCUCUUUCGGAUGGAUGUGGAAACCGGUUUCUCUGUCGCUCAGGCAGGUGCGUGAGCCGGUCUCUGCUUUGCAAUGGGGACAAGGACUGUGACGAUGGUGACGACGAGCAUAACUGUGAUCAUACCAGACGAUAUAUCAUUUGUCUGACUGAUCAACUGCCACCCAACAUAGAGCUCCUGGGAGCCGGUUUUGACGUGGUGUCAGGAAAGAGUCGUGGAAGUGUCAUCAACACAAAAAGCUUUGGUGGGCAGUGUCGCCGCAUUUACAGUGGCUUCCACAAAACUCCCUACAGACUUCCUCUAAGUACCACUCAGUUAAAAUUCAAGGUUGACGUGCAGCGUGAUUUCAGUGAGGAGAUGUUCACCAGCAAAUGGCUUUAUGCAAAAAAAAUGUCUGCUAGAGGAUUGCGCAAUCUUGGCCUUCGUCUGACAAAUGAUACCACUCAGAUCCAAAAUAUGCUGGUUUCAAAAACUGUCAUGGAGGUGGCCCAAUUUCAAGCAGACUCCCCCAAAUACAUCCCCUUAACUGAGAGUUUUUGGAAGGCUUUGGCUCAACUCCCGCUGAUCUAUAACUACGCUGCCUAUAGAAAGUUGCUGGAGACUUUUGGAACACACUACUUCUCAGAAGGAAGCUUGGGAGGUGUUGUCACGGUGUUCUCUGUGGCCACUGAUGAAACUCAGAAUCAAAAAGUUACCAUCAGGAACUUUGAAGCACAGCAGCUGGAAGUAGAAGGAGGAGAUAUCAACGUCAUUUCAACAAUGAAGAAAGAUGAUGACAAGGCCUGGGACGUGUCCUCUGAAUGGACUCGGUCUCUGCGCUUUUUCCCAAAGGUCAUAAAACCAAAGCUGAGGAGGCUGUCAGAGCUGGUGAAAGAGAUUCCAUGUGGCGAGCUCAAGAAGUUCAACCUGGACCGAGCUUUGGAAGAUUAUCUGAGUGAGAAUGACCCGUGCCACUGCCGUCCUUGUCAAAACAAUGGCCUGACUGUCAUGGAAGAAGGUGUAUGCAAAUGUAUUUGUAAGCCUGGGACAUCAGGACUGGCCUGUGAGAAUGGAAGUGAUGUCAAAAGUCAGCCAGGCAUGAGUGAUGGCAGCUGGUCCUGUUGGUCUGCCUGGUCCACGUGUUCUGGGGGUCAGAAGACCCGAAAUCGGUCUUGCACCAAUCCCCCUUCAGAGGGUGGGGGGCAACCAUGUAAAGGAGACAGUUCUGAGACUGUUUCUGAUUGUGACCACACGGAACACUUCAAAAUUUCUGAGCCGCAAUGCAUUGUACCAACUGCCCCAGUGAGACCAACAUGUGGGACUCCACCUGCACUCAUCAAUGGCUACAUUCUUGAACCAAAAGAUGUUUACCUUGUGGGCAAUCAAGUUGAAUACAACUGCACCAGCGAAUUCCGCCUCCGUGGGCAAAAAAUCUUGGAAUGUACUGCCAACCAAAAGUGGUCAGCCGGGCCUGGAUUGUGCGACCUGCCAAGGUGCAAGCUGUGGUCCCUUGAUCCUGACAUUAUCGUUAGACCCUUAGAGUCAUCCUAUGAGAUUGGUGAAACGGUAACUCUAUCCUGUCCAGAAGGAAGUGAACUUCUGGGACAAGCUAAUAUUGUCUGCAGUGAGACACUGCAGUUCUCCCCAGACCCCGAAGAUUUUAAAUGCAACGAAGUCAUGCAGCAGCAGCAGCAGCAGCGGUGGUGGUCGCAGCAUCAGCUGCAGCAGCAGCGGCGGCAGCAACAGCAGCGGCAGCAACAGCAGCAACGUUUUACUCGCUCAACGCGCUGUGAACAAUGGGAGAAGCUGUCUGGAGGACAAUGUGUUUGUAAGAUGCCUUUUCACUGCUGGCCUUUCUUGGAAGUCUGUGUCACUGAUAUUGUUAGUGGCAGGCCAAUUAUUGCCAGUGUGUGCAAACUCCAUAUUAGGAGGUGCAUGGGCACGAACUACAAUUUAGAAGCAGAAAGCGCAUGCAAGUGGCCAGAGCGCAACACUACAUCAGGCUGCACUGACUGUCGGAUGUGGGAAACCUGUGAUGAGCACACUUGGAAGUGUCUUUGUAAGGACCAUGCAGAGUGCCUGACUCCGGGGUUUGAAGUGUGCGUCCGCACUGGGGAUGAUGCCCAUGCCAAGAGAAGCAUGAGUGAAUGUGAAGCAGGAUUGAGACGCUGCAAAGGAGAAAAUGUGUCUGUUGUGGAUAUCAUGCCCUGUGACUCUUAAAUGACACAAGGGGAGGGAGACAUAAACCUUGCAAUCUUUCAUAGAGUGUUACAAACUUACUAGCACAUGUCCUAAUUAGGUCACAAGUUUUAGCUUUCAUGUUUUAAACAAGGUCAUAAGUUUUAUCAAGCAGGUUAAGUUGGGGACGCCACUUAAUUCUCACCAGAUGGAGCCUAGUCAACACUUAAGAGUUAAAAAAAUAUAUAUACAUAUUAGUCAAAUCAUGCAAUCUUGCUUGUAAUCACAAUAUGCAAUGCUAUGCAGAUCAGUGUUAAUAAAAAAAAUUCUACUGCUCAUACCACAAAGUUUAUUCAGACCCUAAGAGUAUGAGUAUACAUUUCUACAUAUGUAUACUAUAGGUUUGUCAACUGUUAACUCACAACCAACACUCCUGAUCUCAUUACAUAUAACAGAAUCCAUUUCUGUCAGGCUUCUAAUAUCUUUGUCACCAUGGUGACAAAAUGGACUAAAGAACUGUAAAAAUAUAAUGUCCAAGCGAUUAUUGUACAGGGUGUCCAUAAAGUCUCUUUACCAUUUAAAAAUGUAUUAAAAAUGCAAUUGAUUAGAUAUUUUAUUCAGAUUUGUUCUAUUGUAUUUUGUUUAUUAAAGUUUUUUAUUACACUGCAUUUGUGUGUACUAUUGUGUGUCAGUUGAUGCCAUUGCCACAAUUAAUGAGGCUAUGCGACAGCGAACAUGGCAAGAAAUCGACCGUUUUGAUGUGCUUCGUGCAACUAAUGGUGCCCAUGUGAAGUGUUUUAAAAGAGGUAAAAAAAAAAAUAAAAA